AUGCCUCUCAAGAAAGCCACAAGGUUCGUUGGACAGGAGGAGAUCGUGGCCGAGUUGAGGAAGAGAUGCCCAGGCAAUCAUGAGCAUUUCCCCAUCGAAGGUUCUGUCCGAACCAAGGAUGGCACCAUCUCCCUGUCAUCUUGGGCAGGUGGUUAUCCAGUCCCGCUGUGCCGAGCGAUCAUGACUGGGGUGAUCAACUAUAUCCACCGACCAGAUGGCAAGCAGGUCUACGUCUUGGAGGACCAUGUGGCGGAAGAAUCCUAUCAGGAUGGCAUGGAUGCAAUCCGAGAAGAAGAGGAGCAGAUCGCAGAAGAGCUGGCAGAGCCAGAAGAGGAUGAGCGGCGAGCUGUGCCGCGAGAGGUGCAAAAAGCUGUCGAGUUUGCACACCGACAGUUGGGUCACCCGAGCCGGGAUACCCUCGUGAGGAUGCUGCGCAUCUCUGGGGCAACUGAGGAGGCUAUCCGCCAUGCUCGGCGAUGGCGCUGCGAAGUUUGCAGCCAGCAGCAACCUCCAAAGCACCCCAUGGCUUCAACUCCCACUUUGAGGCCGUAUGGUUUCAAUCGCAAGAUCCACAUCGACAUCAAGUUCGUUUUUGAUAGCCGUGGCCGAAAGUACCCAUGCUUGAGUGCAGUUGAUUUGGGUACAACGUACCACAUGGCAGUGCUGCUCAAAACACGACGGUCGGACUAUGUGUUUGGAGUGCCUGAACAUAUCACCCAUGAUCAGGGUGGAGAGUUCGAGCUCUCAUUCAUCCAGCUUUUGGAAGAGAUGGCAGUGCCCAGCACGGUGACAGGUGCUCAUGCUGGAUGGCAGCUGUCUGUGGGAGAACGCCAUGGUUCCAUCCUUGGCAAUAUGAUUACAGCGAUCACCACAGAGCACAACUCAGAGGGGUUCAGCGCCAUGAAGUUGGUGAUCUCAUCUGCAGUUGCCGCCAAGAACAUGACGGUGACUAAGGACGGAUUUACUCCAAAUCAACGCCUUUAUGGCGCCGAAAUCAAGUUCCCAAGUCUCACCGAAGACACCGCCAAGCCCACCUUUGCAGAGGCUCUGGACGCGGAAUCGGAAUAUGCCAGAGCUCAUCGCAUGCGCAUUUGCGCAAGGUUGGCAUUGAUUCGCAUGGACGUACAAGAGAAGUUGCGCAGGGCCAUCCUGCGUAAGCCUGCCCAUGAAGGAGAAGGACCAUUCAGUCCUGGAACCCAGAUCUACUUCUGGACACCAAAGAAGGCCGACAAGCGGUACAAACGUGGUGGACUUUGGCGGGGACCUGCGACUAUUCUCACGCGAGAAAGCAAAGAGCGCUACUUUGCAAGCUGGAGAGGCCGCGCCCUCCUUCUGGCAGCGCCCAACAUUCGUUUGGCGACAAAGGAGGAGCUGGCACUUCGUGAGCCUGCGAAGGAAGACGCAGAUGAUUUGGGGGAGUUGCUGCGCGACCCCCACAGGGAGAAGACCUACAAGGACCAAACGCGCUUGAAACCACCUCCAAGGGUCGUCAAGCGAAAAGCUGAACCAGAUACGCCAGAAAGGAAAAGAGCCCGCAUGCUUCUGCGGGGAACCAAAUCAAUCCGCCAGAUCCUUCAGGACCGCUCGAACCUCAUGAGACAGUUCCGGAAGAGAAAGGCGGAGAAACAGAUCGAAGACCAACCCGAGCCGAAGAGGGUAUCUCGACCAAAGAGGCCCAAGGCUCUCGAAGAUGGACAGGCAGCGCCUGAGGUGUCGCCUUUGCCACCUCCACCCGAUCCACUGGACGGAGAAGAGGAGGAGGCCAUGUCAGAGGCCUACACACCUGGAACACCAAUCAAUGAUGGCGAGCCGCCACAUAUCGAUACGGAUGAUGAAGGUUUGGAUGAGCCAUCCGCAGUUGAGGCCGAGCCUCCCACAGUCAGGGCACCGCACGAAGUUCCGGUGCCACCCAUGGAUGAUGAUGAGUGGGAGGCCGAGUUUCUCAAGAAGAUCCCAGGAGAGGAAAGGAGAAGGUUGGCUCUGGAUGACGUGCCAUUUUCCCUCAAGCGAAGGCACGAAGGAAUCGACGAUGCUCAGGCUGAUGAGGCCAUUAAGAGGCUGAGGGCCAAUUUCUGUGCACAGGUGGCCGCGACCACUGUGUUUGGCUCCCUUCAAAAUGAAUGGGUCUCAAGAUAUGAAGUGGACCUAUUGAAACAGCUGACAGGACUUCCAGUCACAGCAGCCAGGAUCCACAGAAGCCCAAGGAAAAGAUUUCAGAGACCCCCGAAGAUGAUAAGCCGUUCCAGGCUGAGCAUCCUCAUUGGGAAGAAUCCCGAGGACACCUUCAUCGUGAAUGAGACUGAAGAAGAAGUGCGCCACAAUCCCAGGAAGGAGAGACCGAGCCAAGACCUGCUCACAUCGGAGGCCUUGAUCCUCAAACUCAAGAAAUGUGGGAAAGAGUUGGAUCCCACCUUUUUCGAUGAGAAGGAGCAGGCUGCCUUUGACAUCUCUGACAAGAAGGAGUGGUCGGAAUGGAUUAAGAAUGGUGUUGUGCAGCACGUGACACCGGAGGAGGCAGAGAAGAUCCCGCGAGCCAACAUAUUCCGUGCACCACUGCGGACACCUGGACCCACAACUCGGCGAGUUCAGGCUCUUGAUCGUAUGAAGAAAACAGACCUCCAGGAGCUUGAGAUCUGCAAAUCCUGCUUUGUGGCCAGCGGCCAAGAUGGGCGUAGCUACGCCAUACUUUGUCUCCAUGUUGAUGACGGGCUUUUAUUGGGUGACUUGAGCGACCGCAGGGUCCAACGACUCAAAGAACAAAUCAAUGGUAUGUUCACCAUAAAAGCCUGGAAGGAAUUGUCUGCAGACACCCCACUCCAAUUUUUGGGUGUGGAUGUGACCCAAGAUGCCCGCGGCAUCUGUGACGACAUGUCCCAGUACAUCAAACAGAUUCGAAUCGAACCUUUGCAAGGAAAUGGAGAGCUGGGACCACGCGAGGUGACAUUGUACCGCCAAUUGGUCAUGCGUUUGCGCUGGCCGGCACAACAGGUGUUACCACAUCUCCUGUACCAGGUGUCCAACCUCGCACAAAGGGUCAACAAAGCUACGUAUGCUGACUAUCGUGAAGCGGUUAAACUUCACGGUCAGUUUUUGGAUGAAGUUGAAAAGGGCCGCGCCCGAUUUUUAUACCCCAAGCUCAACGAGAAGGACAAGCUCUUCUACGUCAGCUACUUCGAUGCUUCGGUUGGGAAAGAACAGGACGGCAAGUCACAGCUUGGAGCCGUCCAUUUUCUUACAACAGAGCAAGCUCGGAAAGGGCCAGCGCCAGCUUCAGUGAUCGAGUUCUCAACGAACAAAAGUGGUCGGGUGCUACGCAGCUCUAUGUCAGCAGAAAGCUGCUCUAUGAGUGGAUGUGUUGACCGACACCUAUAUGGGCGUCUGGUCAUUGACCGACUCCUUUUUGGAAAUCGACCUCUGGAUGCCAACUGGCGUACAUCAAUGGGCCUGGACGGUGGCGUUGUGACGGACGCCAAGAGUUUGUACGACCACCUCUCCACGACGGGCCAGUUGCCGACAGAGCGGCAAACAAUGCUUGAUUUGAUGGUGUCGCGACAUCAUUUGGAGAGUGGUGCCUACGAGCUUUUCUGGGUACCUACGCAUAGGCAGUUUGCAGACUGCCUGACCAAAAAGAUGGUCUGCCUCCUGUGGCAGAGUUUCUGUCAAGUGCCACGCAUCUCCCUGCGUGAAACGCCGGAGGAGAAGGCACUGGAGGACCAUCGACGCAAGCUGCGUCAGGGCCAAAGGCAGCGCCGAAAGGCCAAAAUGAAGAAGGGCUGCGCCCCAACACCGGCUGCGCCGGUUAAUUAA